AUGACCUCUCCAACCCCCAAAGCCUCCACAUCCCCCUGGAUUCUCCUCGCCUUGGCAAGCGGCGCCUUCGCCGCGCUGAACGGCCUCUUCGCAAAACUCACAACGGAUGACCACACAACAUCCUUCGCGCACUCCCUCGCGCACCUCUUUGGACUGGAGUCCUCGCCUUUCCUAGAACUCCUUGUUCGAGGCGCCUGUCUGGGUCUCAAUGUCCUGUGCAAUAUAAUCAUGUGGGCCCUCUUCACCCGUGCCCUAACGGCUGGCCCGUCGACGGUCAAGGUCUCCAUCACCAAUACGUCGGCCAACUUCCUCGCCACGGCGCUCUUUGGCAUGAUCGUGUUUCGGGAGGCGGUUGGUGGUCUUUGGUGGCUUGGAGCGGCGAUGAUGGGGGCAGGAUGUAUCUUGGUGGGGAUGAGGGAGGGGGCUUGA